AUGUUUUGGCAUGUACCUGGACUUUCUGCCGCAUCACCGGUGGAUACUAUUUUAGACAAGGAAAAUUUUAAGUUGGAAGACCUUCUUGACGAGGAUGAAAUAAUCCAGGAGUGCAAAGCACUGAACACCCGCCUAAUUAAUUUUUUGCGAGACAAAGUUCAAGUCGAGUUACUGCUCCGCUACAUUGUGGAGGAGACACCUGAAGAUGCUGAAAAGAAGAGGAUAUUUAGAUUUCCUUUUAUAGCUUGUGAAAUAUUCAUAUGUGAAGUGGAUGUCAUCUUGAAGACAUUAGUGGAGGAUGAAGAUCUUAUGAAUUUACUUUUCUCCUUCCUGAAACCUGACCAUCCUCAUGGGACUUUAUUGGCUGGCUACUUUGGCAAGGUUGUUAUUUGCUUGAUGAUGCGGAAGACACUCCCACUUAUGAAUUAUGUGAAGAGCCAUCCUGAAAUAGUUAGUCAACUUGUUGAUCUUAUUGGGAUUACUUCUAUCAUGGAGGUGUUGAUUCGCUUAAUCGGCGCUGAUGAAACUAUGUAUUCAAGUUAUGCGGAUUCAAUGCAAUGGUUAGAUGACAUACAAGUCCUUGAGAUGAUUGUUGACAAGUUCAGCUCAUCCGAUUCUGCUGAGGUUCAUGCAAAUGCUGCUGAAAUCCUAUGUGCAGUGACUAGAUAUGCCCCUCCAGCACUUGCUACAAAAAUUUCCAGUCCUAGUUUUGUGGGGAGAUUGUUUCAUCAUGCUUUUGAAGAUUCAAGACCUAAAUCAGUGCUGGUCCACUCACUGUCAGUGUGCAUAUCUUUGUUAGAUCCUAAGAGACUUGUAUCUGCGUCCUACCAAGCUUUCCGUAGUCAGUUAAGUCAUGGAACAUUGGUCACUGCAAGUCCAGAAACAGUUAACGGCAUGCUGGAUAGCCUUGGUGAUUUGUUGAAGCUGCUUGAUGUUUCAUCAGCUGAAAAUAUUCUGCCGACAACAUAUGGCAGCUUACAGCCUCCUCUUGGAAAGCAUCGCUUGAAGAUUGUUGAGUUCAUCUCUGUCCUACUGUCUAUUGGUAGUGAAGUUGCUGAAAUGCGUUUGAUCGACCUAGGAGCAAUCAAGCAUGUUAUAAAUCUAUUCUUUGAGUACCCUUUCAACAAUUUUUUGCACCAUCAUGUGGAGAACAUCAUCGUUUCCUGUUUAGAGAGUAAACAGGAUCAUCUGAUUGCGCAUGUUCUUGAUGAAUGUGAACUUGUUACAAGAAUUUUAGAAGCUGAGAAGAACUCUGCUCUGUCAAUAGAUUUAACUAAGCGUACCCUAUCUUCAGAGGGAAGAACUCCACCAAGGGUUGGAUUUGUUGGUCAUAUUACACGCAUAGCCAACAAGCUCAUUCAGCUGGCCAACAGCAACAGUACAAUACAGUCACAUUUGCAGCAAAAUUCUGGUUGGACUGAGUGGCAUGCUAGUAUCCUAACAAAGCGUAACACGGUAGAAAAUGUUUACCAAUGGGCUUGUGGCCGGCCGACGUCAAUGCAGGAUCGAGGUAGGGACAGCGACGAUGAAGACUUCCGAGAUAGGGACUAUGAUGUGGCUGCACUUGCUAGCAAUCUGAGCCAGGCAUUCAAAUAUGGUAUUUACCCUAGUGAAGAUGUUGAUGAGGCUCAAGCAUCACAAGAGCGGGAUGACGAGGAUGUGUAUUUUGAUGAUGAAGCUGCUGAAGUAGUUAUUAACUCUCUUCGUCUUGGUGACGAUCCUGAUAGUGGCUCCCUGUUUACAAACUCCAAUUGGUUUGCGUUUGAUGAGUAUAAAGCACUGAAUGAUGGCCCAGAAGCUUCCCUUUCAGCAAAUUUGGAGUCGCCUUCACCAAAUGUGGAUGAUGAUGAUAUGGAUGAAGUCGUUCUUGGUGACCCUAUAGAUGACACAAAAGGCUCGGAUUCACUUUUAGCAACCUCUGACAGGGACUUAAAUGAAGGGUCUGGUCAAACAGUACUGUCAAAUGGCCCUGUUGAUAAAUUGGAAAAUGACAUCAGACCAUCAACUCCUGAUGUAAAAGAGAGUCCAGCUGAGUGUGUUGAAUGGACGGAGGAAGAUGCUGAACCUGGCGAGGUAUCAGAGAAUACUGCCGUUCCAUGUAGUGAGAUUGGAAGUGAGAAGGUGAUGGAUGCCACUGAUGGCGUUCUGCGUGGUACAGGACAAGUAGGAGAAGAACAAGGAAGUGAGAAUUUGGUUGAAUCCUUGGCUCCUGAUACCACAGUAGAAAAGACAUUACCACAUUCGCCGGAUGUCAAUUCAACUGGCCAUUCUGAACCAGCUGAUGGAAGCGCUAAUGUGGAAUCUCCCCUGGGUGAACAGAAGCAGUGCAGGUGCUUGGGGAACCGGCGAGACCAUUCUUGUCUAAAUAGCUCAGGGGCUGAUGUAUUGAUAUUCUGCUGUACAAUAUGCAUUAGAUUGCCCUGCCUUGCGCCCAAGAUGCAAAAGUGGUCGCUUGAAUUGAACAUGGUCUAG